UCAGCAUACAUGCAUUGGAAUAAUAUAGCAGAAUUUUUAUAAAAUUCAUAAGAUUAAUGGUUAAGAUUCAUGUGUGAGGGAUAUUUAAUAAUUAAUAUGUUCAUGGUGCCUUUAAAAAAGAAUGCAUUUUGUGCAAAAAAAUAAUGCAUAAUUUUUAUAUAUUAUUUGAAAGCAUUCACUUCUGUACUUUAAUCAUACUGCUUUCAAUCUUCAAUGAAUGCCAAUGGCAUUGGUUCAAAAUUGAUUAUAGUUAAACAUAAAUUGCACUUUGUAAUAGUCCUGCAGAAGAAAGCAAAUCCUUCAAAGAAAUUAAAACAGCUUAAGAGAGAUUAAAACAAUUAAACUUUGCUAACAAACUUGCGUUGCAAUAUAACAUGUACAAGCAUUAAACAUACAACUAUAUGAAGAUGUUAUUCGAGCCUUACUUUCUUUGAGGCACAGAGAGAAAUAAAACAACUAUAUGAAGAGGAACAUUGUACCAGCAUUCAACAUAUAAGAAAAUGGAAAGUCACUGAACAGGGCCUAGCCAAAGAAAUAACAACGACACUGCAAGGGCAUCAUGGUCUUCAACAAGAAGAAAGCGUACCAGGAGCACUAUCAACGUCUCGUGCUUAACGAGAACGAUAUAAGCUUAUAUUUCGAAGAACUCAAGAAUGUCGUGAGUUGUGGAGAAUUCGAAAAAGUCAAAAUACUUUUGGACGUCCUUAAACGAGCAGGAAAAACCCGCACUCUGGCAAGUUAUCGAGCUCACGAGGGGGAAUCCAUGCUCCAUAUUGCCGCCAAAUUCAACCAGAGUAGCGAGAUAACGGAAUGUUUGGUCAAGCUCUGCCCUGAACUGAUGACAACUGCACGGAAGGAGUCCCAAAACUACUUUGGUCAGACAGCCCUACACGUGGCCAUUGCCAAGGGCAACAUAGAAAUUGUCGAAGUGUUACUCUCUCAGGUAUACAGUCAGAGUCAGAGCGUGAGGGCAGCCUUGCUACAACAAUGUGCAUCCGGAGACAUGUUUGCAAACACAGUCAUGAUGGGGGAGCUCCCUUUGUCGGUAGCCGCAUUGACCUUUAACGAACAAAUGAUCGACCUCCUGCUGAGAAAUGGUGCCGAAUUGGAGAGACAGAACACAAAAGGUGAGACGGUGCUUCAUUCGUUGAUACGAUACGCUGCCAUAUAUCCAGAGCAUGCGCCGGAGGUUCAUUUAACCAUGGAGUAUUUGCACGAGAAAAUCAUAAGCAUGUCUGAUUCAUCCAUAAAAUCAGCAAGCAUGGACCACGACCAAAACAGCAAGUACUUUGUGUGGUUCAUCCCAAACCACCAAAACCAGAAUCCCCUUCAACUCAGUGCUAGUCUUUCACAACCUGAUAUUUUUGAAUUCAUCCUUCGACUUAGGAACGUGUACUGCUUUCUCAAUAAUCACGACGGUCUAUUUGACGAGAAGUCCUAUGACAUCACCGACAUUGACACCAUAGCAACGGAAAAGUGGGCAAUGGAGCAGACACAGAAACACGAACGCUUGAAACGAUACGUGGCUCCCACAAAUGCAGAAGGAGUAUCAAGAGAAAAGUUUUCCCCACAGACAACUAUUUCAUGUGAUCCUUUUGCAUUGUUUAGGAGGCAAAAGCGAAAGUCUGUUCUCGAAACCAUGUUCGAUAUAAAAAGCUCUUCAGCUUUUGAAUUCAUUCAACAAGAUAUUGUGCAUCAUGUGAUAAAAACAAAAUGGCUGACUUACAGAUACUUUUACUACGCUUGGGGUUUAUUUCACUUACUAUUCAUGGUGGCUUUAACAAUUUAUGGUGUCUACAGAGCGGAAACCUACGAAGACAUAUUACCCCAAGACGGCAAUAUCUCCACCACAACUUCGGUUUCCAUGACAACCAAGUCAAACCCCACACUUGAACAGCAAGGAUUUCUAAAUGUUUUCAUGUGGAUAUAUCUAGUGGUAGGAAUUCUGUACUUUCUUCAAGAGCUAUUUCACCUGUUUUUCAGGGUCAAGUCAUAUGAGCUAGUCCAGUUAGUCAACAUCCUUCACAACGGCAUCUACCGUAUCAUUCUCACCAUGUUCUCUGUGUGCCUUGUAUUAGACGUCAUAGUGACCAGGUCCAUCACUAACUAUGAGAACCAUACUCUCAUGAUUGCGCUAAUUACGGGAUGGUGGUUCACAAUGUUUUUCACGCGCGCCUAUAAAAAGUUCAGCUUCUUCACGGUGAUGAUCCAAAAGAUCAUUUUUGGGGACAUGAUUCGGUUCUCCCUCCUAAUACUUGUCAUGCUUAUAGCCUUCACGACCGCCCUGCACAUGACCUUCAAAGGGUCAACCACCUCAAACACCAACCUUGUAUCCUUCCAGCACACCAUGCUGCUCAUGUUUAAACUCAUGCUGGGUCUGGGUGAAAUCGAAGAACUUUACGAGGCUAGAAGACCCUGGAUAGCUGUUACCCUAUUUGUAAUUUUUGUCAUAUUGACAUACGUCCUUAUGCUGAAUGCACUCGUGGCCAUGAUGUCUCAGACUUGCACGCUGGUCUCCGAAAAUAGGCACGUACAAUGGCGUGUCCAGCAGCUGUCCAUCAUAAUGUUCUUCGAGGGAAUCCUGCCUCCUUUUAUGAAAAAGCAGGUCGGGAAAAAUGUUGAAGUUGACAGGUACGACCAGAACACCAGAACUAUAGACAAACAAAACCGCUUUUUCUUAGACAUGAGUGCAGUACGAACAGAAUACGCCAGUCCAGAAGAUAUUAUCCGCAAAAAAAAAUCGUUGCCGUUUCCAGGAUAUUCAAGCCCAAACUUCACCAUGACAACGUGGCGAGACUCUGUGUAUAAUUCCAGACACAGCGUGAGAGCUCCACGCCUGUCCACUGUGAUGGAAGAAAGCAGUCCGACUAUUCCCCCAAAAAUGAAGCAAGAGCAAUUCCAAUCUCCAAAUAGAAGAGCAGACUAUGACUAUGACUCUAGUCCCAACCUUCAGCGCGGGAGGUCUAGCAGGCGAGAAAAGAACCCCGUAAACCCUCAAGAACAAGGGAAAACAAAUCAGGACGAUGGAUCUGGAAUGAUUCAGAACAGAGAAACACAACCGAGCAAACGAAAGAGCAAUAAGAAACGCAUAGAACCGGAGGGUGACACAAAUUCGUAUGACGAACAAAACAGCUUCUUCUUGAAUGACAAGCAUAUGCAAUUACCGCGUCCAUCGACAAUGCCUGAUUCUCAAUACAAACAACUCCAAGGCAUUUUACAUGCUGAGAGGGAACGCAGGCGGUAUCACUCUGAAAGUCAGCUCAUGGACACAUAUGUAGGAAAUCCCCAACAACGGGAAAUAUCCCAGGAAAUGGGGAGUCCCCAAAAUCCGAGGUAUCCAAUAUGGCGGGUGCAGCCUCAAGAUGGGCCAACCAAUCAGAAUGCUCCGUCUGGUUCUCUGGAUAUAAAUAUCAUCAGUGACAGUCACAUGUGAACAUGAGUAUGUGGCAUAGCUGCCUGCUGAAACAAGAAACCGUCGGAGACCGGUGAUGCUCCCCAAAGUUUUUUUUUGUCACAAUAUUGCACUAUAUAUUCAGAUAAAAGGAAACGUCUUGAGGGGCAUAUCUUUGGACAAAAUAAUACGAUGGAUGGUUUAGCAACUUAAAAAUUUCAAAGGGCCAUAACUCUCUAAAUAAAUCAUCUAACCAGAACCCACUAAUAACAUGCGCAUCUCCUCAAGGUUGUUAAGCUUCCCAUUAAGCUUCAUUGAAGUCCAGUCAGUAGUUGGGGAGAAAUAGCCCGGACAAGAAUUGCACUAUAUGUACAGUUUAUAGAAAAUUUCAAAGGGCCAUAACUCUGUGAAAAAUCAUCAGACCAUAACGGGCUGAUAAUAUGCACAUCUCCUGUUGGUAGUAAAGCUUCCCAUCAAGUUUCAUUGAAUUCCCGUGAUAAGUUGCUGAGAAAUAGCUUGGACAAGAAUUGCACUAUAUGUACAAUGGAAAAUUUCAAAGGGCCAUAACUCUGUGGAAAAAUCAUCCGACCAUAACCGGCUGGUAAUAUGAACAUCUCCUGUUGGUAGUGAAGCUUCCCAUAAAGUUUCAUUGACUUCCCGUGAUAAGUUGCUGAGAAAUAGUUCGGACAAGAAUUGCACUAUUUGUACAAUGGAAAAUUUCAAAGGGCCAUAACUCUGUGAAAAAUCAUCCAACCAGAACCGGCUGACAACAUGCACAUCUCCUUUUGGUAGUGAAGCUUCCCAUAAAGUUUCAUUGAAUUCCGGUCAUUAGUUGCAGAGAAAUAGCCCGGACAAGAAUUGCACUAUAUGCACAGUUAAUGGAAAAUUUCAAAGGGCCAUAACUCUGUGAAAAAUCAUCCGACCAGAACUGGCUGAUAAUAUGCACAUCUCCUCUUGGUAGUGAAGCUUCCCAUAAAGUUUCAUUGAAUUCCCGUGAUAAGUUGCUAAGAAAUAGCUUGGACAAGAAUUGCACUAUAUGUACAAUGGAAAAUUUCAAAGGGCCAUAACUCUGUGAAAAAUCAUCCGACCAGAACCGGUUGAUAAUAUGCACAUCUCCUCUUGGUAGUAAAGCUUCCAAUACAGUUUAAUUGAAUUCCGGUCAUUAGUUGCUGAGAAAUAGCCCGGACAAAAAUUGUGCACGGACGGACGGACGGACACACGGACGGACAAAUGAAGCGGCGACUAUAUGCUCCCCCCCAAUUUUUUGGGGGGAGCAUAAAAAAUGUGAUAUUUGAAGUGCUUUGUUGUGUUUUCUUUUAUUUACCUUUAUGGUGAAUUUGUUGACUUUUCAAAACCAGAUCAUCAAUUUGAAGUGUAGUGUUUGUUUUCACCCACAUAUUGCGUAAGGAAAUGACCCAUGGUUGACUUCAACUAGUUUUAAAAUUGCUACAUAAUAUGUAGAGAUUACAGUAUUUAAGUAGAAUUCAAAAUUCAAGAAAUUUAGACAACUUUCAUAAUCAUUUAAUUAUGUUUUACCUAAAGUUGUGCUCAUUAUUCAAAUGAUGCAUUUUUGUAUUUUAAAUCAAUCCAUUGUUUAAUGAAAUUGUCAGUAAAAGAAUGGUUGUUGUAAAGAAAAUCAAUGACAUGUAUCACACAGGCACUUUGAAUUAGCUGCGCCCUCCUCCAAAAAACCAUCAAAAUUGUCAAUUUGUUAUACACAUAUAUACAUAUAUAUAAUAAGUAACAAAAAAAAAUUGUCUACUAAUAUUUCUCUGUUGUGUUAUUGUGUAUAACACAUUGACAAUUUUGAGCGAUUUUUAUUGGGGGGGGGUAGCAAAUUAUGCAGAGUGACUGUGCUGUAUCAUAAAGUUAUCAUUUGCAUAUUUAAUUAUAUUUUUUAUAAAAGGGAGAUAACUAUAGUAUACAAGCUAGACACCUAACAAUUAUAAUCUUUCUUCAGUAUACUGUAUUUACAGAGCCAUGUUUAAAAGGAAAAUAAAAAGAACAGAAUCUAAAAACUGU